GGCGAUGAGUAAUGAAAGGAAGGGAAAGCACGGACAGGUUCCGUUGAUGUGACUAAUGGGGGGACAAUCGACGUUCUAGAGGCAAUAAAUAGGACUAAAUUUACCCUUCUUUGGUGGUAGAAUAGUCGUAGGAUCGUGUACUAUUAGUUAUCCCCGACUCACCUUCGAGCGUCCACACCAAGGAAUCUCUUUGUUUGAGGGCGCCGUCGAGUACCUGGCACAAAAACUCAAAAGACCCACACAGAGUCACAGUCAGUCGCCAUGUCGUUGGAGGACCCCUUCUUCGUCGUCCGAGACGAGGUGCGACAGAGCCUCACCAGCGCCCAACAGCAGUACUCCCAGUGGUCCAUGUUACUUGACAGCGAGGUGGACCCUGAGAAAGUCCAGAGCGUCGGUUCUGAGCUCAAGAACCUCAUCAAGAGCAUAGAGUGGGACAUGGAGGACUUGGAUCAGACUAUCAAAAUCGCAGAAGCAAAUCCGGCCAAGUUUCGAUUGAAUUACGGCGAACUUGAGAGCAGGAAACAAUUCAUUCGGGACACCAGAGCCGUCAUCAAAAAAAUAAAAGACUAUAUGAACAGUGAUGCGGCCAGAUCGAGAAUGGAAACGUUGAAGAGAAAACAACUGGUGAGCAGUGCACGGGAAAAGAAGGCCGUGGGGAGGUACGCCAAGCUGGACAACGAGAUGGAGAGAGGUAAUCAGGACUUCAUUGACCAGCAGAGACAUCAGCAGCAGGCAAUAAUCAGUAAGCAGGACAACCAGUUGGACCAGGUCGGGUCCAGCAUCCACACUCUCAAGCAGAUUGGAGAGACGAUAGGAGAUGAACUAGACAGCCAGCAAAUAAUGCUGGAGGAGAUGGAUAAGGAAUUGGAUCACACUGACUCACGACUAAAAGCUCUUACUUCUCGAGUACAGACUGCUAUCAGAAAAAGUGGAGACAAGUGCCAGAUAAUCACCAUUCUCGUCCUAAUUAUCAUCCUCGUCAUUGUGGUCGUCUUCUUUUUUAUUCCCUUCUGA